AUGAUCAGCGCCCAACUUUUCUUCCUCGUUCUUCUUCUUGUUGCAUGCAUGUUGGCUGUUCAUGCCCACAGCCGUGCUGAUGGUAACGUCGAAGGAGGACUUGGUCAAUUCAUUCUCAGCUCACAUGGAUCUGACAACCACGGACCACAUGGAAAGUAG